AGAGAAAUCCUGCCUGUUUGCAGUUUGGAAACAUGUGGGAGUGGUUCCCUCGGCUGCUUGCUCCUGACCUCUGUGCACACCUUGGUCUGCCUUGACCUCGCCCACACUGAAACCACAUAAAUCAGAUUUUUGACAUGGUGUAAAGUGCAAGUCACUGCUGCCGAAGCUCUCAGUGUUCAAAAACUUGGGAAAUGCUGCAUGUCUAGCUAGCAAAAUUUACUUUUUGUAUGGGAAUAUAAAUUUUUGUUGAGAAAUAGGUGUAGGAAAAACUUGAAUAUUGUACCUGUUCUUAUAUGAAACAGUAGAUUAAACUUUCCACUGCAGUCUGUGGACUACAUCACAAGCUGGCAAUCACAACGUACUGUCUUUCAACCCUAAUCCUUUUCACCAAGAAUGAAGCUAUUUAAAAACUAAGAUGCCAACAGAUCACGAGGAGCCCUGUGGCCCCAGUCUCAGGUCAUUUUGCCUGAAUGGGGGGAUUUGUUAUGUGAUACCUACUAUUCCCAGCCCAUUCUGUAGGUGCAUUGAGAAUUAUACAGGAGCUCGUUGCGAAGAGGUUUUUCUCCCAAGUGCCAGCAUCCAAAGCAAAAGUAACCUGUCGGCAGCUUUCCUGGCCCUGGUGAUCCUAGUCACGCUCGCCAUUGCAGCACUCUGCUUCCUAUGCAGGAAGGGCCACCUUCAGAGGGCCAGUUCUGUCCAGUGUGAGAUCAGCCUGGUGGAGAGGAGCAGUACCAGUGCCCACCACAGUCACAGAGAUCACUGAAGACACACCCAGUGAAGGUCACUAUUUCGGUUACCUCACAGAGGCAGAAAGGGAACCACACGGUGCGAGACGGAGCAACAUCACAAGGAGGACCAGACCGUAAAAUAUAUCAACAGGCAAUGCUGACAGAGCCCAACUCUGAUAUUCUUAGUUCUUUGACUGCAAGCAGAAUUGUGUUCAGACAAUGAAGGGACUGGUUCAUUAGCAAUACCUUUCCUUUUUUUUUGAGACAGGGUAUAUUGCUUUGUAGCCCUGGCUGGCCUGGAAGUCAUCAAUGUAGACCAGGCUGGCUCUGAAUUCAAGAGAUUCACCUGCCUCUACCUCCUCAGAGUACAGGGUUUAAAGGCAUACAGUGCCACAUUCCUCCAAUUUGUAAAAACCCCAAGUAAUGAGAACCUGAAAUUGUUUCCAUUCACCCCAGACUUACUUCUCAGAAGUCAGUGAAGACAAGUUGUCCACCUGGCCUCCAGCUAAGAUGAUAUUCAUAUUGCUGAAAGUACUGACUACUCGCUGCAGAUAAUUACUGGCUCCCACCUUACAGCAGUUAUAGCCAAAGACAAGGACCACACGAAGCUCAGGGUUAUCCAGAAGACCUGCAGAGAAGUAAGACACAGGACAGUCUUAAAACACAAUGACGGGCACCAGUGUGUGCUGUGCAGCAGUCAAUGCCUCACACAAGCAAGGACGCAGUUCUAGCGAACCAUGUGAGGGGGCUCCACAUUCCAAUUCCAUGCAUGCCAGUGACCUAGAGGAAGGCUCAAGGGAGCCAGUAGCAUCUAAUUUCCAGAGCUCCAGGCUUCCUUCCACCCAAGUCUCCGGCAGCCUGUUUUCACAGCAUUAAUCUCCGGUGGCUUCUGGGACAGGAAGAAAAUGCAGCUCCUAAUACACCAAAUGUUUUCAUUUAACUCAGCCACAUGACUUCCAUCAGCAAGACUGAAGCUAGAUGGGAAGGGAAAGGAGCCCUGCAGACCACAAUGCUCAGGCUCGGCCAAUCAAGAAUCCCAGUACAUUAACAUCUAACCCCAUGCUACUGACCUAGAGUGUUGUCUUAUCAAAUGUAAGCCUGUCCUGCAACCAGAUUCCAGUUAAAUCUAUUAGCAAUCUUUUAAUGACAGCUUUUGUAAAGACAAUGAUGUGACUUUUUUUCUGAGCUCACACCCACUUUCCCUGAAUGUCUCUCAACCUCCAUGCUGAAAUGUAUAUUAAAAAAUCUCUUAAUAAACUCCAAUUCUGUUACACAACA